AUGGUGGCCAACACCUCCGCAAACACCUACACGAUCCCCACUUCUCUCCACGCCUCCACAAAUCCGCAGACUGCAGCCCGCAAGUCAUGGAGGCAUCAUCUCAACAUGCUCUCGUCGCAAUCGCAGUCGCAAUCCAACUCGAAUUCCAGCACCGAGAGCGGGCAGCAUGAUUUGCGACAGCUGAAUACAAAUGCCACGAUGAGGAAUAAGCAUGUGCCCAAAUGGUGGAAGGUCAGGUUAUUUAGAGGGAUGGUUAACGAUGUUCGGAGAAGAGCGCCGUAUUACAUGACUGAUUGGACGGAUGCUUGGGAUUAUAGAGUUGUUCCGGCGACCGUUUACAUGUACUUUGCAAAGUAGGUGGCGCCUCUAUCAAAUUUUGUUGCUUCGGGUUUACUAGGAUCAUAAUGCUGAAUUUGGCUUAGCAUUCUUCCGGCUCUGGCGUUCUCAUUAGAUAUGUAAGUCUACCCAUGCAGUAUGAACAGAAAACAGCCAUUAACCUUGAGUAGGUUCACAAAAACGAAUAUGAGCUAUGGUGUGAAUGAGGUGCUGCUCGCUUCUGUCCUCGGAUCCGUGGUGUUUGCUAUCUUUGCAGCACAGCCAUUGGUUAUUGUAGGAGUUACUGGUCCUAUCACGGUCUUCAAUUAGUAGAUUUUCCUUCCCAUACACGAUCAUCACGGAUAUGCAAGCUGAUAAGACUACAGUACGGUCUACGACAUCAUGACACCUACCGGAACUAACUACUUUGCUUUCAUGGCUUUAGUCGGAUUGUAUGUUAAAAUAACCGGCAUAAAUCUAUCCUGCUGACACUUCUAGGUGGUCUCUAGCUAUGCACUGGAUUCUCGCUUUCACCAACGCUUGUAACGCAUUGAAAUAUGUCACGAGAUUUUCUUGCGAUAUAUUUGGAUUCUACGUUGCGUUUAUCUAUCUUCAAAAGGGAAUCGAGGUACUCACUCGACAAGCAUCUGGCGAAGGGUUCUAUCUUUCCAUCAUAGUAGCUCUGUUGGUUUUGGCUGUUGGGUACCUUUGCGGCCUAAUUGGCACGAGUCCUCUCUUCCAGCAUUACAUCAGAACUUUCAUUAAGGACUAUGGAACACCACUUACCGUCGUUUUCUUUACAGGGUUUGUCCAUAUGGGUCGAAUGGCCAAUAUACCUUUGGAGACACUACCAACCAGCAAAGCAUUCUUUCCUACAACUGACAGAGGAUGGUUCGUACAUUUCUGGGAUAUAAGAGUAUCAGAUGUGUUUAUUGCCAUUCCAUUCGCCCUCCUACUCACAAUUCUAUUCUAUUUCGAUCACAAUGGUAUGGCCCUACACCUCUUUACUCAGAUACCGUUAAUCUAACUCCGGUAACAGUGUCGUCCCUUAUGGCUCAAGGCACAGAAUUUCCCCUCCGCAAACCCGCCGGCUUUCACUGGGAUAUCUUCCUCCUCGGCCUCACGACCGGGAUUGCAGGUCUACUUGGAAUUCCUGCUCCCAACGGACUCAUUCCUCAAGCCCCCUUCCACACCGACUCUCUUUGCGUAACAGAAGUCAUCACAGAUCCCGACGAGGAAGGUGCCAACAAAGGCCAUGUCGUCACCAGAGUCUCUCAUGUCGUCGAACAACGAUUCUCCAAUCUCGUACAAGGGCUUUUGACCCUCGGAACCAUGUCAGGUCCUCUUUUAAUAGUAAUUCACCUUAUCCCACAAGGUGUUCUCGCGGGUCUCUUCUUCGUUAUGGGUGUUCAAGCUUUGGAAGGAAACGGCAUCACGACCAAGAUACUCUUUUUGUGCAAAGAUAAGAGUUUGACUCCGAACUCGGAACCACUCAAGAGGAUUGAAAGGAGGAAAGCUAUUUGGUGGUUUCUAGGUAUCCAACUCUUGGGUUUCGCGGCUACCUUUGCAAUUACGCAAACUAUUGCUGCGGUUGGAUUCCCGGUAUUUAUUUUUGUGUUGGUGCCGAUUAGGACGUGGUUGCUGCCGAAAUGGUUCAAGGAGGAGGAGUUGAGGUUGCUUGACGGCCCGACGGCCAGUCCUUUUACGAUGAUCAGUGUGGGUGGGAAUUAUGGAGAGGAUGUUGACGUUGAAGUCACAGAUGUAGAUGCUGGUGAACAUGGAACUGAAGAGACAAACGAAAACACGGGCAGAAUAAGUGAGAGGGUUCUGGUUGGGAAGGUAGACGAUGAUGAUAGUGAUGAGGGAAGGGCGGAAAGAGGAGAGGGACCAGGGAUCAACGGGCAGAGUGAGAGACAGAGGAAGAGGGGUGGUAGUUGGAGGGAUGGUGAGGGCUUGGGUGACAGUAUUGAGAUGGUUGGCGGGGUUAGAAGGAGAAGCAUUAGUAGGCAGUCAAAGUAA